UUCAUGGGGAACCGAGUGUGUAAAAUCUCGGUUGCUGUAGUCCUCAGCUGUUUAGCGUCCGUGUCCGCGGUGUGUGUGAUAACUCCGGCGUCUCACAGCGCUUUAGAUUCGUUCCGGAAACUGAAACCGAUUUAAAAGUCGAGAUGGCGGACGAGCAGGAGAUCAUGAGCAAGCUGGAGAACAUUAAAGAGAUCCGCAGUAAGACGGUGCAGAUGGAGAAGCUGAAGACGCGUCUCCGCUCCGAGUUUGCGACGCUGGAAAGUGAGGAGAAACACCUGCGAGAGUACAAACAGGAAAUGGAGCUGCUGAUGCAGGAGAAGAUGGCGCACGUCGAGGAGCUCCGCCUCAUCCACUCCGACAUCAACGUGAUGGAGAACACUAUAAAGCAGUCGGAGUGUGAUCUGAACAAGCUGCUGGAGUCGACUCGGAGACUGCACGAUGAGUACAAACCGCUGAAGGAUCACGUCGACACCCUGAGAGCGGCACUCGGCCUGCGGAGGCUUCCGGAACUCUGCCGGGAGGAGGAGCGGCUGACCCUCGAUUACUUUGAGAAGCAGAAAGCCGACUGGAAGACGGAACCUCUGGAGCCUCCAAUCCCAGAAUCCUUAGCGGCGGUGGCAGCGGCAACAGCCCAACAGCUGCAGGCGGCAAGGAAACAAGACGCACGACAGCCGGCAACCACGUUCCGGCAACAGCCGCCACCCAUGAAGGCGUGUCUUUCGUGUCAUCAGCAGAUCCACCGGAACGCCCCGAUCUGUCCUCUGUGUAAAGCCAAGAGCCGCUCGCGCAACCCCAAAAAACCCAAGAGGAAACCCGACGAGUAACACACACACACACACACACACACACACGGUUUAAUUACACCGUAGAUUACUAAGGUAUCACACUCAUCCUGUCAUUUUUCCUCUUCGGACAUUUUUAUCAUUAAAUUUGUAGAGAUUUCUGUCAUUUUUACGGAAUCACGUGUUUAUUAUUAUUAUUUUUUCAUUUGUGUGUAAUAGCAGAUGAAUAUCAGGUGAAAGCCUCCGCCGUGCCGGUGUGUGUUUGCGUGUUCAGAGACGAGACGCAGAGAGUGUGUUGCGGACGUUUUCGUCGCCAAUGACUGAAGAUAACCUUUCUCUCUUCUUUUUUUUUUUAAUGAAUUUGCCUCCGUGUGAAUGAAAUAUUCAAAUCCGCUCUCUUAAUUUAUCGUUUUUGUAUUUUUAUUCAUCUCUAUUUUUAACGUGUGCUUCAGUCAUUUUUGUGCAUUUCUCCGUUAAGAAAUCUUUUUAGCUGUCUUUUAAAGCCUUUAGUUUUUUUUGUGUAAAUGUUCUUUAAAUGACUUUAAAUUCUUUCCUUCUUUUUAAAAAAAAAAAGCUGUCGACACUUUUGUCUCGUCUUCAGAACAUUAACGAUGGAAACGUGGCGUGAACUCGUGCGUCAAGUUUGUGCAAUUUUGUAAAAAAUAUUUUUCUGGGUUUUUUUUUUUUCCCUCUUGCGUUGUUUUCGGAUGUUUAAAUAACUGAUUGUUUUUAACCUCGUCUCUUUUUUUAAAGAACGUAUCCCGUUUCUUUACAUGCUGUACAUGUACACGAGAAGCGCGUUUCUCAGUAAACACCCGUCUGUCCGUCA